UUUAACAGCUGCGUAAUGGCUGUGUUUUUCUGUUCAGUUCCACGGAAAACAAUUUCAAACUAACCGACCGGACUAUUCCUCGUUCGUCGGUGUUGCGUCUAAAAAAUUAUAUUUGACUCCAUUCUUGGUAAACCGCUAUGGAACUAAUCUUCAACAUGAUGUUAGUGUUCGUCAGAUUUAUGCAUUUCGUCACGUGUCCCAUUUAUAAUUUCAUAUAUAGAGGCAAGAAGGAAGUAGUGUCCCCAGUAAGAGAUCCGCUCUUGAAAAUUCCCGCCAUCGAGUUGGCAAGAAGGAUAAGAUCUAAGGAGAUGUCUAGCGAGGAAAUAUGUGAAGCGUACAUUGGCAGGAUCAAAGAAGUCAACCCCAUUAUAAACGCCGUCGUGGAGGACCGCUUUGAGGAAGCGAUGAAAGACGCAAAAGCGGUCGAUGAAUAUUUAAAAACGACAUCUCUGUCAGAGUUGGAGAUCGAAAAGAUCAAACCUUUACUCGGGGUACCGAUGACUAUUAAAGAAAGCUGUUCGGUGGAGGGGAUGAGUACCAGCGUCGGAGUUGUAAGUAGAGCCGGCAUGAAAGCGGAGAAGGAUUGCGACGCCGUAGCUAUUUUGAGAUCAUCGGGUGCCAUCUUACUGUUGGUGUCCACCACACCAGAGUUGUGUCUCAGUUGGGAGACGUACAAUUUCAUUACGGGUUGUACGAAAAACCCGUACGACAGCACUCGCACAAGCGCCGGCUCCAGCGGCGGGGAAGGCGCUUUGUUAGGGGCCGGAGCUUCAGUGAUUGGCCUUGCUUCGGAUAUUGGAGGGUCCAUCAGACUUCCUGCCAUGUUCAAUGGAGUUUUCGGCCAUAAACCUACUCCUCAAAUUGCGAGUAUUAUAGGUCACGUGCCUUUCUGCGUCGACGAGAGGAACAGCCUCUACUUGGUCAUGGGUCCGAUGGCACGCUAUGCUUGCGAUCUCAGAUUUAUGUUAAGAGUCAUGGUGGGUAAUAAGAUGAGUGCGGAGCUUAAGCUGGAUGAACCGGUAAACUUAAGCGACUUGAAUGUAUUUUACAUGGUGGACUUUGGAAGUGGAUUAACUCAACUGCCGGUAGAGAGCAGUAUUAAGAACGCUAUCAAGAGCGCGACCAAGCAUCUGACCGCCACGUGUGGCGCGAAGCUCAAAGAACACAAAUUCCGGCACUUCAAAGACGCCAUCACGGUCUGCGGGUCCACCAUAUCGAGUAUGCGGCAGGUGCCUAAUUCGCUAAAAAUGGCCAACGCCAAUCUUGCAGUGGAAUUAAUCAAGUCGAUGUGCGCACUCUCCAAGUUUACCUUAAAUAUGAUGUUUUUUAAUUUCCUGCGGAUAGUGUACAAGUACUUAGUUUCUGAUUACAUGGUGAAAAACGAAAUGUGGCAGACUGCGAUCGCGGAAAAGCUUAGCAACAAUGGUGUGCUCAUACUGCCUUCGUUCGUGGGACCUGCCCACAAACACCAUCAAUUCUACUUCAAACCGGCCUUCGGCUAUCUUGUAAUUGCCAACGCUCUGGGGCUACCUUCCACCAGUGUCCCAUGCGGGUUCGAUCACCGUGGCCUGCCUAUUGGAAUUCAGAUUUUAGGAGCACCUGGACAGGAUAGGCUAUGUCUGGCAGUGGCAGAAGAAUUGGAAGGAUACUUUGGAGGAUGGGUGUCGCCUAAUGAAGUAUCCAUCAAAGUGUUUGGAGGCGAUGAGUAGUGAAGAGAGCAGACUGCAAAUUUGUGACUUUGGUUUAAAAUAAAAACUAAUAAAUUUCAAAACUUCAUUAUUUUAUUAGUCUCUCUCGCAAAAUCAACAUUAUUAAACCAUCUGUAAAUACUUUUUAUCAAAUGCAAACAAUAGAUAAUAUAGAAUCUAUUGACGGAGGUAAGCAAUUAUUAUAAUAUAGAUA